CCCCAACUCGAGUGGCAACCGGCGACGGAUGAUCUCAGCAGGCUGGGGUCGAUAAAAAAAUCAUUCCAAGUGGUUUGUUCAGAACAGGAAGGAAGUCGAUAAUUUUGCUCCCGAGACCGUCUGGAAGGUUCUAGCAGCAUAAAAAUGGCCCAGGUGGAGAUCAAGCUCCCGCUGGAGCUGGACAAGGUGGAAAUCAACUGCAUGAUCUGCCUGGAGGAGAUGAGCUUUCCGGUGUUCUGCCGGCAGUGCAAGCAGGGAACCUGCUUCGACUGUCUGGUGCUGUGGUUCGGCCAAAGCGCAAAGCAGGAGUGUCCAAAGUGCCGUCUGCAGACUUCGAUCGGAACGGUGGCCUUGGAGCGCAAGACGCAGUACAGCUGCCCCCGGGAGGGCCACCUGGUGAGAUAUUUUUGCCAGCAGUGCGACGAGUGUCUGUGCCGGGAGUGCUACACGGCCGGGGAGGGACCGCAUGGUCGGCACGCCAAGCAAGCGUUGGACGAUUUGCGGCGGGAGAUCUUCGAUGGGAUUGGCCGGAUUCGGGUGGCGAUUGGUGGAGGUGGGGGUGAUGGAGACGAUCUCAGCAGGCUGUUGAGCACGGCUUGCAGUUUCACGCCGGGGGGCUGUCAGAAGGCGUUGAGUACGAUUGCUGGGCUGUUGCCAUGCGGGAAUCCGCAGGAAAUGGUACGCCAGCGACGUGCGGUGCUUGCGGAAAUCGAAAAGGUGGCACCGGUUAAGACCGUGCCCAAAUUGGCACAGGGCAAAAACCCCGCCUACAUCCUCCCGAACGAAAAGUUCUUCGAGUACCGCUGCCAAGUCAAGUCUCCGUCCGCAACGUUCCAAAGCUACACUGCAGUGGACUUGCACGGCAAUCGCUGGGAGAUGACCGUCUACCCGCAAGGUUUUAGCGACGGUCAAGGCCGCUCCGUAAGUGUGUACCUGACGCUGGCCGCCGGUCAACCGGGCCGGUACGAGUACAGGUACGUGAUGUACGAGGGCUCGGGGUUGAAGCCGCUGGCCGAGUACCUGGCGGUGGACGAUUUCGUCGUCGGCAGCAAGUCCCAGGGCUGUCAGCGACUGGUGCAGAUCGACCAGGCCAAGCGGUACGGGGUGGACAAGAGUGGCGGCUAUCAGCUGGCGUUUGGAGUGCGGCAGACCGAUGGCGGCUAUGGGCCAAAGUGUGCCGCGGGAUUGAUCGCCAACAAGAACAAAAACUUGCCGUUCAAGUCGUUUCUCUACACGGUGCGCGACUACCCGGCACAGCGCAACGCCGACCGGAUUCUGUUCUCGAACCUGAUGUACGACCACCAGAACAUGGCGUGGCGCCUUCGAGUCGAUUGCAACGGGCACCAGGAGAAGGGCCAGUUCUGCAGUGCCUACCUGGUGCUGCUGAACGGAGCCGAGGGCUGGUUCGACAUCUUCAUCAAGCUGGUCCACCCGACCAUUCCGGAGCUGUCGAUCAAGCGCGAACUGACGCACUACUUUACGGUGCACUCGAGCUGGGGUGUUCCCCACUUUAUUGACCAAAUGCAGAUCAAUGACUUUAUGAUUGGACCGAAUCAGCUUAAGUUCGAGUACGGAAUGCGGCCGGCGCGUUUCAAUCAGGAGCGUUGAACUCGUCGAUCCCCUUUUUAACCCUCAUAACUUUGACUAGUAUUAAGAAUCUGUGAAUUACCACCGAAUGAACUAUGAAACUCCGCAAUAAACAAAGUGUCACUUACCGUGGCAGAUCGAGGCAAGUUCCUCCGUAAGCGCUGUA